UAAUUAUGUAUUUAGUAAUGUAAUUAGAAUGUUUUGUUAUUGAUGAAUAAAUCUUUUGAUUCCUAUAUAAGUUUAUUUCUGAAGUGAAUUUUACCAAUAACAAAACACUGCAACUCCUAAAGGGAUUUAUGAAAUAAUAUUUAGGCAUACUUCACAUUACUAUAUUCAGUUUUUCUUUUUUGUAUGAUUUAUUACACAUAGUGUCAUGUAUUUCUAAUACAUUCUUGUCACAAAAGGGAAGUACUCUUUUAUUAGUUAUAAAUGGGUAUAAAACAUAGCAUUUAUGAGAGUUCUGGUUCUUUGAAUUAUUAUAAAUUCAGCAAUGAAGAAUAUGCACUGGUUAAAAGAAUAUGGUCAGAAAUAGAGAUUAGUCCUCAAAAUCAUGGAAAUGCCUACUUCAAGAGCUUUUGCGAAGCCUACCCGCAGUACGUGAAGUAUUUCACGUUGGAGCCUAAAUUGCCUAUGAGCUUCGACAUGCGCACUAUUGAGAAAUUUUUAAAGAUUUUUGAAGCUAUGGGAUUUCUUUUGUUGGACUUUAACAACAAGCCGAGGCAAUUAGAUCGGUUUGUCGGUUAUAUAGCUAUGAUACAUAAGGACAUGCGAUUGAAUGAACAAGAUAUGCAUAAAUUCAUGUCAUCGUUAUUGAAUUACCUGUCGCAAACAUAUCCAACGCAAAUGACCGCGCAGUGUCGGAAUGCGAUGUCCAAAUAUAUGGAUAGUUUCACAAAAGAACUCUCCAAGAAGAUGGAAGUCUUUCGAUGCUAUGACAUCGCGCAAUUGGACAUAGUAAUACGGCCAAAACGCAGCUGUGGAGACGGUGCACACUUUUCGUGGAUCCCUUGAUAUUCGGCAAGUCUAAAUUUUAUUGGGGCGAAUGGAAGAAGCAAUGGGACGCGCGUCUGGACGAAUGGACGACGCACGACGAUUCCAUUGGUUUGGAUCCGACGUCGCAGGUGAACGAGGACGAUAGCGUCCUGGUGUUGAAGGCCGACGACUCCAACGAGGUCGAGACUGGUAUUCUACAGCGGAGGGCAUCUAUGCUGGCACGACGAACAGACUCGGAUGUGUCCGCCUCCAGGCUCGCGGUAAGCCAUCCUCCGCAUGUUUAUAAAAGUUACGCACAUAUUAUGCGUAAUUAUAUAGCAGCAGUCUUCAUACGCUAUGCGAUACGUUAAUUUCUAAAAAGCGCUCACACAUACAUCAAAAAGAAUCUUGCACAAUCCGACGAGAUUAUGUCGAUAAGCCAGAAUAUUCGUCGAUUUGUUAAUACUCGCUGUCGAUAUUCGGAUGAUUCGGACGCGAUUAUUGUUUCGACAACGAAUCAAAGGUACAUAGCCAAA